AUGAACAAGAUAAGAGACAAGUUUGUAGACUCUACUGUAGAAGAAGAAAGAUUACGCGAGAACCGCGACCAUGAAAAGUACUGGUAUCGUUGGGGCCCCUACCUCAGUGAGAGAAGCUGGGCCACGGUCCGUGAAGACUACUCCUUAAACGGUGAUGCUUGGUCCAACUUUCCCUUUGAACAUGCAAAUGCAAGAGUGUUCCGGUGGGGUGAAGAUGGGCUAUUCGGUGUUUCUGAUAACAAGCAAUUGGUUUGUAUGAACGUCGCCCUAUGGAACGGUAAAGAUGAGAGACUAAAGGAGCGGCUAUUCGGCUUAACUGGACCACAGGGGAACCAUGGUGAAGACGUCAAGGAACUGUACUUUUACUUGGAUAACACUCCCACUCAUUCAUAUAUGAAAGCCUUGUAUAAGUAUCCUUUUAAGAAGCCUUUUCCUUACGAGGAGCUGGUGCAAAAGAACGCUGAGCGGGGAUACGAAGACAAAGAGUUCGAAGUUUAUGAAAUAGAUGGGUUAUAUCAUGACAAUGAGACAGAUGAUAACCCUUAUUUCGAUGUUUUCUUCGAAAUGGCAAAGGAUGACGAAAAUGCUGGUGAACUAAACUUCCGGUUGACUAUUCAUAAUCGAAGUAAAAUUGACUCCGGUGAGCUACACGUGGCUCCCCAAAUUUUCUAUAGAAACACCUGGGCUUUUGAGGGUACCGGGAAAAAGGAUAAACCUUUGCUUGAGAGGGAUCCGGAAGCUGCAAACUUGAUAAAUUUGACUCACAAGAAAUAUGGCAAUUGUCAAAUGGUCUUCCAGCCUUCUCCAGGUGGAUUCUCUUCUAACGCAGACGAAGGAGAAGAAGAGGAUGACGACGAAGAAGUAGAGGACAUCGAUCCCUUGCUGUUGUUUACUGACAACGAAUCUAAUUUGGUAAAAUUGUUUAAUGAAGAGAAAAACCCUUCCGCCUACACAAAGGACGCCUUUGAAGAGUUUCUUGUUAAGGGUAAAAGCGAUGCCGUAAAUCCUGAAAAUAAAGGUACAAAGGCGUGCGCGGUCUACCAUUUCAAAAAUAUCCCGCCAGGUGAGUACGUUACGGUGAGGUAUAAAUUCACAAAUAAUCCAGAAAACUCUAUCUUCAAAGCACAAGAUCUGGCCGUAGUGGAUGAAGAUCAGUUUGAUUCCGUUUUCGAUAUCAGAGAGGAAGAAGCUGAUAAUUUCUAUUGGAGAAUCACACCUUCACCAAUCAGUGAUGAACUGAGGAGCGUUCAAAGACAAGCUUUUUCAGGUUUACUCUGGACCAAACAGUUUUACAAUUUCACCUAUGAUGCUUGGUUCAACGGCGAUGCCAAUAUCAAACCACAUCCCCCACCAAAUAGGGCUAAUGGUAGGAAUAAGAAUUGGAAGCAUCUUUACAUCGAAGAUAUCUUAUCCAUGCCUGAUAAGUGGGAAUACCCAUUUUUUGCUUCGUGGGACACUGCUUUCCAUUGUAUUCCUUUGGCUAUGAUUGAUCCAGAAUUUGCCAAGCGACAAUUGGAUUUAUUAACAAGGGAGUGGUACAUGCAUCCUAACGGUCAAAUACCCGCAUACGAAUGGAACUUCAAUGAUGUCAACCCCCCAGUUCACGCAUGGGCGGUAUAUCGUGUCUUCAAGAUCGAAAGAAACAUGUAUAACCGUGAAGAUCGUACAUUUCUGGAACGUGUCUUCCAAAAACUUUUAUUAAAUUUCACUUGGUGGGUCAACAGGAAGGAUACUGAAGGGAAAAACGUUUUUGAAGGUGGUUUCUUGGGUCUUGAUAAUAUUGGUGUUUUCAAUAGGUCAGAGCCAUUGCCUACUGGAGGUACCCUAGAACAAGCCGAUUCCACAGGUUGGAUGGCCUUUUUUAGUUUGCAAAUGUUAAAUAUUGCAUUAGAAUUGGCCAAAGAAAACCCAGUAUACGAAGAUAUUGCCUCUAAAUUUUUUGAACAUUUCAUCCUAAUCAGUGAUUCUAUGUCGUUUGAAUAUGCCACAGACAUCACGGGGGAAAAAUGCAAAGAUGUCAUGAAACAGAACUUGUGGAAUGAGACUGACAAAUUUUAUUACGAUGCCAUUUCAUGGGGCGAUCACAAAGAACAGUUACCAAUUAGAUCUCUUGUGGGUUUAAUUCCGCUAUAUGCUUCCAUGACUCUCGAACCAAGUAUCAUAAAACAAUUCCCAGGCUUCAAGAAGAGAGUUGAUUGGUUUGUGGACAACCGCCCAGAAAUCUUCGAUAGAAAUAUUGCUUCCAUGUCUAAAAAAGGUGUUGGUGAAAGACUAUUACUAUCUCUAGUUACCAAAGAGAGAUUAACCGCCAUACUAACACGGUUGUUAGACGAGACUGAGUUUUUAUCACCAUAUGGUAUCAGAUCACUUUCUAAGUACCAUGAAAAGCACCCUUUUGAAAUGAACGUAAAUGGUGUGGAGUAUACGGUCAAAUAUUUACCAGGUGAAUCCGACUCAGGUAUGUUUGGUGGUAAUUCGAAUUGGAGGGGGCCGAUAUGGUUCCCAACCAGUUUCUUAAUUAUGGAAUCAUUACAGAGAUUCUACUUGUACUACGGUUCUGAUUUUAAGGUCGAGUGUCCGGUAGGUUCGGGUGAUUAUUUAAAUCUAGCAGAAGUUGCCGAAGAACUUGGGUAUCGUAUGAUUCACUUGUUUGUACCAGAUGAAAAUGGCGAGCGUGCCGUUCAUUAUGGUGAUCACUCUAAAUUCUUAUCCACUGAUCCAUAUUUCAAGGAUUAUGUACCAUUCUUUGAAUACUUCGAUGGUGACACAGGAAGAGGCCUUGGUGCUUCUCACCAGUGUGGUUGGACUGCUCUUGUGGCUAAAUGGAUCAGUGAUGUAGGAAUAUCCUGUGUGAGGUUGCCUCGUACUCCAAGAUCAUCUGUAGCCACCACUGCGUCCACGGAAAGCUCUGAACAAGAACAUAAAAUGAAAAGAAUGGCAAGACGCAAGAGUGCAAAAUCCUUAGUGAACUACACUGCCACUAUUUUGGACUUAACUGAAGAAGAAAAGCGCCAUCACAGAAUAGGAGGAACCCAUUCUGGAUUGACGCCACAAAGUAGUAUUUCAAGUGAUAAGGCAAAAAAACUCAUGGAGGAAAUGAAUGAUGAGGAAGGUAUUCAUGAAGUUGUGGUGCGAGAAGAUCGUCAUGAAUUCGAAACAAAAUUGAUAAGCAAGCUAAAGGAUAAAGUGAAAAAUAUGAAGGUAAGCGAUAAGACUAAAGACGAAGAUAUUGAUCCAAUGGAUCCAAUGUGUCCGUUGAAUAAAGAUUUAUCUUGA